GUGUCCGAGUACCUAAUAGUAAUACCUAAAGCAACAAUUAUGUAAAUGGAAUAAAAUACAAUGGAUGAUAAUAACUUACAUUCUUUGGGAUAUACAACUAAAACAGCACUUUUGAAACUUCGUGAUGAUAUACGUAAUGUUAUUGAAGAACAUAGGAAGAAAAAUCCAACCGGAUUUGGCUUGGUGCGGAAUAUUAUUUCGUUUUCAUCAGAAAAAGUGCUGUUGUCAGGCGUCGCUUACACAAUCACUCUAGUAUACAUUGUCUGCUUGAUACUUACUUACCUCCUUGGUGAAUCUGUACAAGCCCAUGCCUAUUUGUUAUGGGAAGCAUUUUUUUUAUUUGUUAUACUGUUAGUAAACUUCUUGGUGGCUUUCAAUGAAGAGUAUUUAUACAGGAAUGAAAUACCUCAUAGGAUAAGGAAAGUUUUAGAAACAUUGGAUGAAGCCAUAGAAAGUUCCAAAUGGAAGGAGAAUCACUAUCCACAUUUGUGUGCUCCAUACUCACCUUGUGUGAUCCUACAGUGGACCUAUCGCGAUUCAACCAUAGUGAACCUGCCAUGGGCACUGUUAGUGGAAGGAGAUGUGAUAGUUUUGAGACCAGGUCAGGAAGUCCCGGGCCACUGCCGAGGGUUGCAGCCGGAAGACCCGGAACAGUUCUUCGGACAGAUCUUCCAACCAACUACACCACAAAAAGACAACUUUAGCACGCCGCGUAUUCGCACCCCGCAUCGUAACAAAGCGUACCGAAUGUGCGAGACUCCUUACUUGAAGAACCUGAAGCUGGCGCUAGAACAGGCCACCAUCAGGCCUGUCACUGUGUUUGAAAAACAAAGGUAUUUGUGCACAGUAAAAAUAAUGGAAGGCAUAGUGUUGCCGCUAGUAAUAUCUCUAGUAGUGAUCGCAAGCUUCGUGCGUCACGUAUACCACUUACCAGGGAUCACGCACUGGACGGAGAUCUACUUCCUGCAGACCAUCGCCGCUUCGUUACCCUUGCUGCAGAUUGUGUUCCCUAUUGCAUGGGUCACUUUGAACUGCUAUGGGUUGGCUAGAUUCAAACUCCUAUCAGAAACUCGUCAGAAAUACGUCCGUCCAAAAUCGUGUUCGAUAUCAGAAGACGCGAGCGACCCGCUCAUACAAGCGAUGAGCGAGUCUAACUUGCAGCCUGAGAGCCUCAAGUCUUUGGGGAAGACAUUCUUCAGCAUACUGACUGGGAGAGAGGAUAUGGUCUGCAGAACUGCUAAUAUCGUGCACGUGUUGGGGUCUUUGUCGGCAUUAAGCUGCGUUGACAAGAAAGGCAUCUUAUCCUGGCCUAACCCUACUGCGGAGAAGGUGUUCUUCCUGCGCAACUCGAGCCCCUCGUCGCACAACUCCAGUAAGACCAGCCUGGUCGGCUCUAUGGGACAUCACAGUGACGAGCAUGUUGAUACCCCCAUAGAGGGGAAUAAGACUGUUGAACCUUCUACUAUUGUUGAGGUGCUUGACUUAACCCACGACCAAAAUGCUCCGUUCUGCGUGGAAUUUGAUGACCAGCGCUGGCGGCAGCACCUGGCCCGCCUCAAGCCGCUGGGGCUGGCCGCGCUGCUGAACACGUGCGCGCCCGCGCCGAGGCACACGUAUGCGCACUUCUGCGCACAUCUCACCUGUGAAGCGCAGUACAGUGAAGACCUAGUACCAGUGACUAACAGACGAUGUUUGUGCGAACUCGCCAAGCAGAUAGGCUUCACUGACGCGGUCACCGAGAACUACCAUGUGCAAGAGUGCCUAGCUAUAUUUAGACAAUUGCAAGCAGACACGAUACGCCGCGAGACGCGUUUCGUUCGCUCGCUACAACUUAGCACGAAGGUGAAAGUUCCUCUGCCUCAUAUGUUGGCUGUCGUCGUGAAAGAUCAGGCUAAUCAGCUGCAGAUGCUUACACAGGGUACAGCCGACAUAAUUCUAGACUCAUGCGUGGACUACUGGAACGGACGGGACCUCACGCCUAUCUCUCCAGCUGACCGAAAGAAAAUUAUUGACUUCUACCAAAGAAACUCCCUCACAGCAUACUGUACCGCGUUCGCUUAUAAGCCCCUAACCCGUGGCAUCUCGUCUUCUCUAUCGGCGAUGUACUUAGAACUACCAGCAGACAGCAGACAACUUUACGCGCCACUUUCACAACAUUGGGCCGAUGCUCCGGCACUGCACUUCCAUUCUACAGACUCAUUGCUGUUCAAUGAGGUGACUGAUGACGAUGUCAAAGACGCCGAAGGAUUCUUCGAUAUGCAGUGUAACCAGGUAUUCAUAGGCAUGGUAACCAUGCAAUACCAAGCGCAAAGUGACAUGGUAGAACUAAUAGAACGUCUAGAACGGGCCUGCAUCCGCUUCGUUCACUUCAGCAAAGAGAACGAACUGAGAUCCAGAGUGUUUAGCGAGAAGAUGGGCUUAGAAUCUGGCUGGAACUGCCAUAUAUCACUCAUUAGUGAAGAGAGUGCAAGCAAGAGCGCGUCGCCAUUGUCGUCACAGACGCUGGCGCAGGGCAAGGAGCGAGGCUCGAGACUCAAUAGGCACAUUGACUGUGAUGCUGCCGCGCUCGGCUUGUAUUAUAGCACGAACAUCGCGACAUCAAAAGCCUUGUCUAUGUCGGCACCGGGCGCCAUCAACUUGGACCACAGCACUGUCAAGUUCGACAACGAGAUCAAGAAGGCGAGGCAUUCUAUCACCACGCAUACUAAUUUGAAGUUCCAACGCAGCAGCAUAUCAACUAGCCACCCGUCAGCCGACUCGCUACUAGACGAGGACGAGGAGGGCGGGUCGCCGGCGGACGCGUGUCGCUCGCUCUCCUGCCUCACUGACUCCACCGACCACUCCGCGCCCGUCAACUUCGACAUGAGCAACAGGGCGAAGCUCCCCCGCGGCAUCGAGAACAUUCGCCCUCACAUAGAGCAAGUGGACAACGUGCCGCUCCUCGUGUCACUAUUCACGGACUGCACCGCUCGCUCCGUGCAGCUCAUGAUACAGAUCAUGCAGGAUUACGGAGAAGUCGUCUGCGUUAUGGGGUCAGCCGCUAACUGUUUGAACAUGGAGAUAUUUAUGCAGGCUGAUGCCAGCAUAGCAGUAGAGCCGCUAUACCCAGUACUAUGUCAGAAGAUGCCGCCGUACCAAGUGCCGGAGUCCUGCAUCGGGCCCAUCGACCUGGCGAGAGCACUCAACUCAGUUCCUUGUUCACUAUCGAUGACACGCGACGCGGACGUGUCGCUAUUCACGCUGAUUACGAUGUCUCGCCACUACAUGACGUGCCUGUGGAACAGCACGCAGUUCUGGAUAUGUAGCGUAUGCUUCAUCGCGUUAUUGCAGGUGGGGUCCCUGUGCGCGUUCGUGCCGCUGUCGCUGUCGGUGGGCGGCGCGCUGUGGGGCGGCGCCGUGUGCGUGCCGGCGCUGGCGGCCGCGCUCGCCUUCGCGCCGCUCGACCCCGCGCUCAUGCAGCGGGCCGCCACGAGGCCGCAUCUCGUGCUCAAUGCUAAGAUGGCGGUAUUCGUAUUCUGGUGCUACGCAUUAAAGUUCCUACCAGCGGGCCUAUCAAUACUAGUCCUAUACGCGUUUACAUUGCGUACUUUCUGCGAGCAAUUGUCCCAAGCUACCAACGCCACCGCGUGUUGGAUAGUCUACCCUAUCAAUAAGGGUGAAUUUAAUGUAACACAUGACCUGACUUUGAAGAGUUGGCAUGGAUGGGGAGACGACUUCUAUGAUGGGUUCUAUUUGGCUCAGCAUAUCACGCUGGCGUUGAUUACUUCGCAUUUAAUCGUGAUAUCAUUGUCAUUUGUUCACCGACAAUCUUCUAUAUGGCAGAAGAGCUUUUGGGCGAACAAAGUGUGGUCGGUCACUGUCGUCGUCUUAGCCGUAGCCCAGCUAUGUUUCAGCGCCAUAAUGUUGAGCAGUAGCUAUGGCUUCUGUGCCAAAUGGGGGGUGUGUGGUCUCCGCUACUUCGUGCCGUGGCCGCUGGGGGUGGGAUACGCUGCCUCACUGUUCCUGGUGUUCGCGCUCAACGAGUUCAUUAAGUGGCAGGAGAUCAAAGCGGACGGGCGCAAUCAAAGACGCGCUCGCCUGGACUUCGGCACUAAGUUGGGGAUGAACUCGCCGUUCUAACCACGUCUAGUCAAUUACGCUGUAGUUCAACUGUGAAUAUAACUUAUCAGAGCCUACGGCGUUUAUUUUAUAAGAGAAAUGUGACAUUGUACUUAGUACUAUUUUGUACUUACUUUAUUUAUAUGAUGUUUUGAUGAUUUUAAAUAAAUUUCGUAAUAUA